GUAGACGUGAGUAUCGCGACCGGCCGGAGGGACGUCCCCCAGCCGUUUACACAUUGCUCGUGCUCUCCGCGGCCACCGCGUACCGUUUACGUUGGACCCGUGUUUCGCGCGCUCGUUCGCCGUUUCAGACAUCAACAAGUGUCGUGGUCGUCGCGCGCGCGGCCGUCGCGUCAACGAUAGGAAAACAGAAAAUCCGAAAUAAACAGCGAGUGCUGUGCUGUCAUCGAACGCGGUAAAAUAAAUCGUCGCCGCCGCAAAUAAUAUAUCAUUAUUAUUUAUUCGUCAAAACUUCAAUACAAAAAUGGAAUCUGAGCCGGUAAUUGUGGUGGAUCAAGAAAAUUGUUUUAAUGAAGAAGAUGAAGAUAUAGAUGAUGUGGCCGGAAAUGGGCAAGGAUGUCCUGAUACUCCUCCGCAGGACCCCUUUUUCCUAUCGCCUUUUAGAGACAUGCGGAAACGCUCAUUACCGACACCGCAAUGCACAUCGGGAAUAACUGCUAGUCAAGUGCGAAGGUUGAGCGAUCAGGGAGCGGCCGGUGCGGCUGCCCGAGAAAAGGCGUUCUUAGCCACGUUGACCAAGGCGCCAGGGCCCUACACACCUGGUCGCCGACAUUCGGUCAUCACGAUAUCGAAGGCGCCCAUGCCGUUGUUCGGCCGCAACAGACGUGAAUCAAUUGCCGCGUUUCCCAGCAAGGGUCCGAGGGCGAAUCGCAGAGAUUCGGCCGGCGGUGCCACACCGUCGCCCACCGGUAGCCAAUUCAACUUGCAGUUGGACAUCAUGGAUGAUAUAGCAGACAUCAAGGCGGCUCGAAAGGUAAGGAUGAAGAUGUGGCAAACCGAGGACAAGGAAAAAAUGUGCGAACUACAGUCGAUGGACGGCGAAAACAAGCAAAUGUCCAGGUUCAAGGAGGCCAGGAGGUAUUCCAACAUCGACGUGUGCGAAAAAAUCGCUCCGCCCAUACCGGCUCGACGACGCGCGUCAGAGCUGCCUCCCAACUCGUCGACACAGCUGCAAGCCGGUAAAUCGUCAUCGGCGUCUCCUCAAUCGUCCGGAAUCGUGUGCACGAACACGGAUCUGCUGUCGAUAAUGAACUCGUUGAAGUCGUCCGCCUCGAAAGCGUUGCAGUCGACCAAAGGCGGCCCGCGGCAACGGGGCAGCAGCAAGACCACGGACAGCCUCCCGACGGGCGUCGUCGGCGACGUGGGCGGCGGAGGAGACCGCCGUCGGGACGUGCUCCGGUCCGGCCGGUCCAACAGCGUGGACGUGGCCAACAUAGGCGCGGCGGCGGCCAUGGCGGCCGCGGCCGCCGGCAACAGCACCAGGAACUGGUUCAGGAAGAUGUCCACCCGCACGGCGACCGCAGUGACGAUGGGUGGCCAGCGGACCGACGCCGAGUGCGCGGAACAGCGUCUGGCCACCGCGGGUGGCGAUUACGUGGUGCAAAAGUCACCGGUGGUCGUGACGUUCGCCGACGAACGGCCCAAGGUGUCGCUGCUGAUCGAGCCGUCGACCGGUUGCAAACCCGAUAAACACGCGUCGCCGCUGUCCCCGCCGCCGCCGCCACCGCCGCCGCCGCCGUCCGCUGCCGACAAGAAAUCGAAACUCGACGGCGACGACGUGGUGGUGUGGGACCGGCCCACCGGCUCGGUGGUCAACGCCGAGGUGUUGGGCACGGCCAUCGAGGGCUUCUUGGCCGCCAAGAAGACGGGCGACAGUGCGGACACGUCGCCGACCGCCGACGGCGAGCUUCACGACCACCUGCAGCAGCCGCCCGGUGGCAAGCCCGUGGCCAAAACGUCCGCCGACCCGAACACGGCCGCCCGCACGUGCGACACGUCCAUCUGUUCGUCGCUCAAAGAUCUCUUCGUCAAAUAGCUAUAAGACCGCUCGUGUCGGUCUGCAUAUUUGUAAUUAACGCUGUUAUUAAUUACGACAAUAUCGUCAGACCGUGUUGACAAUGUGGACUGUAAUAUUAUAUGAUGCACAAAUAACAAUUUCCCCGGUAAGCAAACCCCCCUACCCCGCCCCCACCCUCUCUCCGCCCCACCAACACACACGGGCGCGCGCCACGGGGCACACUUUCAAGAACGGUUUUAAUUAACAUCGCAGCUGUUUGAAAACGUUUUAUUAUUUUUUUAUUCCAACAGAAUAAUUUAUUUUCUCGUAAUAUACACGAGUAGAGACAAUAUACAUUCACUACACCACAAACGGUACGGAUUUAUAUACACAAACACAUGCACGCGUUUAAAUUCUUAAAAUAUAUUACAUGUUAUAGCUAUAACAAUAUGGAUUUCAGUAGGUAACUCGUAUUUCACGAAAACAUUUAAACAGACGACGAACAUUAAACCGGACUAAAAAAUGGCCGUGCUCGUAAAUGUUUAUCGUACGUGUGAAUCGCUACUGUAAUGCCUAUCGUAUACAAUUUGUGUCUAUAUAUUAUAAUAGUCUUCGACUUUUCCACAACAGGUAAUUAUUAUUACCGAAUUCAAAAUAUGUACGAAGACUUACACUAAUGUGAUGAUGUACGUGACAUUCGUGACAGUCGUAUAUAUUUCAAUUAUUGACGUAAUAGCGAUUAUAUUAUCGAAUAAUGUCAUAUCGAUGCGAUUAAAUCCGGUGCUUGUACGUCGUAUAAAUAGCGCUUCUCGUGAUGGUAAUAACAGACGUCUAUAAUUGCUUGUAUGGUACUGAUGUGUAUAAUGUAUAAACGAUGAGGUACACCGGUAUGUGUACGACGAUGAGGUCGAGAUUCAAAAUGGGGAAAAUCGUUGAGAUCGAUUCAACAACUAUUUACACACCGAACAUAUUUUAUCGUCCACGGUAUCGCAUAAUAUCGUAAUAAAAUACUGCGCCAUACGUCCGUCCUGCAAAAUACAGGGUGAUUCGCCGAUUAUGGUCAUCGCCGUUUUUUUUUUUCAUUUAAUAAUGAAUUUAUUCAAAAUCUAAACAUACUUAAAGUUAAAGAUCAUAUUUUUAAAUAGAUACUUGAGAUUUUUCUGUACUACUAUUUAAGAAGUUUUGUGAUGAUAAACACUUUUGUUUUUUACAUGAUAACCUCCCUUUUUACUGUAAAUUAUUUAGUGAAUAUUUUUUUUUUUUUAAUUUUAAUAAGAUAAUACUACAUCCGAUAUUUUAUCUAUUUAAUCGAAAAACUACUCGUAUAUAACAAUUUAAAAUUAUCCACUUAAUAAUUUAUAGUAAAAAAGUGUCGAGGAUUUGAAAAUUUUGAAAGUAGGAUUUUAAAUUACUGCGUUAUAAGACGAAUAAAGGGGUUAGCAAUACUUGGUGAAUCACCCUGUAUAUUAUAUAAUAUUAUAAUAUACGCUAAACAGCACAUAAUCUUCUCAUAUACCCAUAUAGAUGUUCUCCCAUGGUAAUUAUAUUUACAUCAGACGCGCACGUUAUACUUAUGCGCACUUGACAUAUCGAUAUAAUGCUUAUAUUGUGGUGUGCCCGCGUGGCAUAAUAUUGUAAUACGCCUUACCGCCGCAACCGUAAUCAUACGCGUGUCACGACGAACAGUGUUGUUAACAGGUAGGUAUAUACGCGUACAAGUUAUAAUUUUGUGUGCGUUAAUCGUUUCGCCGGCGAUUAAUAAUAAUUUAUUUCAGCAUAAUAUUGCACAUUGACGGGUCCGCCACUAAUCGUCAUUGCGUUGUAAAUCAUAUUAUAUGAAUUUAUAUUAUGCCAAUUAUUAACCUGUAGGUACCUUAAUAUGCGCUUCUGUAUGUCUGUACUACAUAUACCUACAUAUAUAUAUAUAUAUACUAUAUAUAUAUAUGUAUAUAAUAUAAUAUACACACGCACUAUACAAUAUACAUAUAAUAUAUAAAGUAAUAAUUAUAAUUUCAUACUUAGGUAUCUAUAGUUCAUACAAAUAUCUCGAAAAUUGUCAGUAUUUUUAGAUAACCUAAUAUCAUAAUUAAGGUUGGGAUUUAUAUGUAAUGAAAAACCAAAACUAUGUAGUAAAAAAAUCGAUUCAUAACAAAACAUAUUUGUAAAAAAAAAAUAUAUAAUUUCAACUAUUUUUUAUCAUUAUCGUUAAUAUAAAUAUUAAAUGAAACAACGUACAUUUUUAAUUGCAUAUAACGAAGCCAAAUCUUUGAUCAUUAUACAUAAAAAUCGAAUGGCGAACUAGUAACUAAUUAAUUAUGGGUAGGUAUUUAAAGAUUGGAUGAGUGGAGCAGUGUGGUAUUCCGAAAAAUGUUGUUCCACUACUCCACUCAACUAUACUUUAAAUACUUAGUUAUAACUAAUUAGAUAGGAGUUUUAACCUAUACAUAAAAAAUUAUCAGAAAAACGUUCUAUUUCGAAAUAUGAAGUUGAAAAUAUAUGUUAACAGUCAUUAAUAAAGUAAAAACCUUAAAAAAUUGUAACGAUAAAAUUUUGUAAAAAUAUUGUUUUGUUAUUACUUUAAAACAAUCUAACAAAUAUAUUAUCAAAAACUAUAAUACUUUUUGAGUAAAUCAGUUUUAUUUGAAACGAAUCAGUUAUCACGAAUAUAAUGAUUAUUUUAAAAAUAGUACACUUAUUGUAUCGGUCCAUUUUUUCGCAGGCUGUUGUUUAAACAAGUGAAUUAAAAUGUCCAAGAUAAUUGUUAAACUCUUUCAAAACUUAUAACAGCAUUAACUAUGUAUACCGAGGACUUUAAACUAUUGAAUAUAAUAUUUUAAAAUAUUCGUCAAUUGCCAUGGAUGAUAAUAACGAGUAUCCCGAGUUAAAAUAAUUAAUGUACGGUAUAUAGUCAUGCAUAUAUUAUAUUAUAUAGUAUAUAAUAAGCCGUGUACGACCUGCGGACACAUUUUUAUUACAGUAUUAUUUACGUAUAAGUUGGAAUUUUCCGUAUACCAAUACAAUUUUUCAUAGAAACUUGGGUUUUUAUAAAAGUCUUUCGUAUAGCGUUCAAAUCGCGUUUAACGACCUCGUCGAUUUCUUUGCGAGAUGUUUUUAUUUUUAUCAUUUUAUUUCACAUACUCGACGUGGCGCAUUAAAAAAAAAAGAUACAUAUAUGUGUACAUAAAUACCUACACCACAAUAUUACAGCGAUUAAUCUAAAAAUAAACUAUUUAUAUUAUAUUUUUUUAUGAAGUACAAUAUACAUAUUAUUACAGUCCUAUAAUCAAUAACUAAACUUUAAUAAACUCACUUAAGUUUGGGAAAAUACACUUACAUACAUUUUCUUUCUUUUUUUUUACUUAAACUUUGUUUUACUAUUAGUUUACACUUAUACAUUAUGCACAAAAUUUAAAUGCCUCUCAACACCUCUAAGCUCUAUAAUCGACGGUGUUCCGUAACAACCGGUAUUAACUUUCAGCUAUUUAUUGUGUUCGUUGAAAUUUCUAUAGAACUAUAAAUAAAUUGUAAAUGUGAUUAUAUCAUAUUUUAUAUUUAUACUUUGGCCCGUGAAAAGUUUUUAAUUUAUUGUAAUAUGGCUCUCUGGUAAAAAAAUUUUUAGAUAUGUACCCCUAGCUAUAAUGUACCUGUACCGUGUGUCCGUGUACCGUUGUAUAUACGAUAGUUGUACACGUUCUAUACUCGUUGUGUUUGUAUAUAUUACAUAGGCGUAUACAUAAAUCGCGUUUGACGACCUCGACGAUUUCUUUGCGAGAUUUUUUUUUUUUUAUCAUUUUACUUCACAUACUCGACGUGACGCAUUAAAAAAAUAUAAAUAUAUAUAUAUUAUGUAUGUGUAUAAAUAUCAACCCUUCACAUUACGUGGGCCAUGGUAGACGACAUCGGCGCAUAUAAAUACGAGGUAUAGGCGCUCAAAUGGAAAAUAUAAAUAUGCAUGUAUGUAUAUUAAUGUUGCGUAAAAACUCAUCAUUCAUAAUUUAAUAGACGGAAACACGAUCAAACAUUCAGUAUACGUUGCUAUAUAUAGGUAUAUUAUAUAUUUAUUCGAACGACACAUAAUCGAUUUACGCACACAUCACGGUCUUCUUGAAAACCAUCUGUUUAACGGGAGAAAUGUGACGAGAUUUUCUCCCUUUUUCUUAAUCGGUAAAUACGUACAUGGACUUCUCCUCGUCGGAUUCAUUCAUUUUUAACUUUUUAAGCUGAUCUGUCUUCCCACGCGUCUUCUAACCAACACGCCAUCGCCACCACAAAUGUCGAUCGUAUAUUUCCUGUAGAUAUGAAGAAGUUUAAUAAUAUUAUAUAUAUUUAUACUGCUACAGGAUUUCCACUGGCUUUUAUUUCUACAGCUAUUUUGUCUUCAAAGAAUAACCUUUUAAUAACUGCUGAUUUGCGUGUAUUGUGUGUUCCGCUCAAUUCUCUUUGGUGCAUAUCGUAGUCCGUACGUUUAUAUUGUGUAUUUAUAUUUAUACAGAGUAAUUCAUCAAGCAAGCUUACCCUCUUUUUCUUCUUCAAUAAUUUAGAAAUUGAAAAUUUGAUUUUGAAAUUUUGAAAUACGAAAAUAUUCCAUAAAUUUAGAGACUAUUAUUAAAAUAUUUAACAGUUUUGUGUACUGUUCUUAGAAGUGUCCUGUUGAGAUACAAACUUAAUUCCUCCCUCGUUCAACUUUUCAACUGUAAAUUAGUUAAAGGAUAAUUUUUUUUUUAAUGUUGUCAUAUUAAAAUCAAAAUUCAAUGGAGUAGUUGAUAACAGGUUAAUAAUUAUGGGUUUGGAAGAUUUGGGCUAUGGUAAUUUGAAAAUGCUAGUAAUUUAUAAAAAUGGUCUAUGUAAAAUAAAUAUUAGAUUCAAUAUUACAUUUAUUUUAUGUCUUUUUAAACCAUUUUCCAUUUUUAAGGAUAAACAUUUCAAUAACUGAAAAACUACUCAUUCGAAUGUGAUUUUAAUAUAUCAAAAAAAUUAUCAACUAAAUAGUUUAUAGAAAAAAAGAGGUGAGUAUAUUUGGUGAAUCACACUAUACGAAUACACUAGAUAGGAUUUGAUUUAUAUACAUGUGCAUUAAACGUAGAUUGUAAGAUACCUAUUAAUAUAUGUUUUAUGUAUAUGUUUAAACGUGUAUAAAAUAAGACACUUGAAGUUGUCUGAACAUAAUUUAUAUGGAUGAAAAACAAACGGUUAUCAGCUAUAAAACAUGCGUAUAGGUUUAGAUGCAAGAGUACUGAUAAUGAUUCACCAAAUACGCUAAUCCCAUGUUUUCUUUAUAAAACGUGCAUUUACUCAAAUUCUGAUUUUUGAAAUGUUUUUUUGAAAACAUUUAUUUAUCUAAAUUGAUAUCACAGGAAAAAUGGUAUUUAAAAUUAUGUUCUCUGUAAUUAUUACAUAAUGGUUAAGAUAAAAUGGGAUUUAAUGUGCUUAGUGAAUCGCUCUGUGUAUACACCAUAAACCCCAUAGGAUAUAUUUUAAUAUUAUACAAUAUUCCAUUAUUGUCGGUAGUUUCCUAAUCAAAAGAGAAUAAAAAAAAAAUGAAAAUCGUUUGACUUCCCAUUAUGAUGUAUAUAUAAUACAAUAUAUAUAUAUAUAGAUGGUUACAAUCAAUAUCCUUUUGUGUAUUAUUAUAUUAUAUAUAUAUAU